GCUUAGCCCCACCUUUCAGUGGCGAAAUGUCAUUGCUGAGAAGUCAUUCAUCUUUAGAAGUCCGUUAAAUUAGCUCCCGGAACUGCUUUCUUCCGUCCGUAUUUCCGUUCUGAAUAUCGCCUCAUCUUCCCUUUAUCAGUAUGAGUGAUCCGUGGCAGGAGUGCAUGGAUUAUUGCAUAGAGGUCACGAAACGGGCCGGAAAGAUGAUCUGUGAGGCGCUCCAAAAGGACAUCGCCGUCAUGCACAAGAGCUCAGCGGUUGACCUGGUGACCGAGACGGACCAGAAAGUGGAACAGCUCAUUAUAUCUUCCAUCAGGGAAAAGUACCCAACACACAGCUUUAUAGGCGAGGAGUCCGUAGCAGCAGGCGCCCCCAGCACCCUCUCUGACAAUCCCACUUGGAUUAUCGACCCUAUCGAUGGGACCACCAACUUUGUUCACAGGUUCCCGUUUGUGUCUGUAUCAAUCGGUUUCACAGUGAAGAAAGAGAUAGAGUUUGGGAUUGUCUACAGCUGCAUCGAGGACAAAAUGUACACAGCACGUAAAGGAAAGGGAGCAUUUUGCAAUGGAGUCCCAAUCAAGGUGUCUGGACAAGAAGAUAUUAGUAAAUCCUUGGUGCUGACAGAAAUGGGCUUCAAGAAGGAUGCAGAGCAAUUUCAAACAAUGAUGGCCAACAUCAGAAACAUCCUCAGCAUCCCUGUACAUGGAAUCCGCUCCCCAGGCAGCGCAGCUGUCAACAUGUGUCUGGUAGCGUGCGGAUCGGCUGAUGCUUACUACCACAUGGGCAUCCACUGCUGGGACAUGGCUGGAGGGGCAGCAGUCGUCAGAGAAGCUGGAGGAGUCAUCAUGGACAUUUCAGGUGGACCAUUUGAUUUGAUGUCUCGCAGGCUGAUUGUGGCCAGCAGCAGAAUGAUAGCAGAACGCAUUGCAAAGGAGAUAACAGAGUUUCACGUUGGCAGGGAUGACACUGAUGACUAGUUAACUGCUGCACUCCUCUCAGCCCGCUCACCUCAUGUAAACACUCUCAACUAUUUUGUACAUAGAAGGUAUGAAGCCUGUCUUUGCCUUAAAAAUCACAACUGUAAACUUACCUCUGAAGAACAUCUGAGAGAGUUUAAGUGUUCAGAGCUCACACUUUCAGCCUCUUUUCUGUUUUUUCUUUUGCAUUUUCACAUUUCAGGACUUAACUGUUCAGAUACAGACUUUGUAUUGUGUUGUAAUUUAAACAGAUGCGAUGGAAUGUAUGCCCUUAUAUUAGUUUUUAUUGUGUUGUUUUUAAUCGCUUAACAUUGUUCUUAGUAUUUAUUUAUUUGUGAGAAAGAAGAUAAAGAAAUCUCAUGGUUAUUCUUCCUCAACACAGCACUGUUAAAGCAAAUUUAAGAGUGGAGUAUUAAUUACUUUACUUAUACAUGAGUAACUAUUACAUUUUAGAGUCAUCACUGGUUUGCACAAUGUGUAAUGCAAGUAUAUGUGUACCUACAACUGUACUGUAUAUCUGCUUUCUUUAUCAAGCCAAAGGAUAAAGGGUGCUUUUGGCUAAGGAGCAAUCGACGGAUGUUUUUCAAAAUGUGUGCUUGUUUUAUGCGCUUUUGUAAGAAUGCAAUAAAGACAGCAAGUAAAAGCAAAUAAUAUCUGUUA